AUGCCUUCUCACCAGAUGGGCGCCUCGAUCAACCAGGCUGUGAAGCCUGAGUUCGAGACGGAAUCCCGACAGGUUCCUGCCAUGGCCUCCAAGAACGAGCYCAACCGGAACCCGAAAUACGACCCUUCAAAGGUGCACAUUACAGAGACAAGAAUGGAGUGGAGCAACUGGUGGAAGCACAUCAACUGGCUCAGCACAACCUUCAUUAUUGGUCUACCACUCGCCGGCUUGAUUGCCGCCGCCUACACACCCCUUCGCCUACCUACAGCAAUUUUCGCCAUCGCCUAUUACUUCGCGACUGGCCUCGGAAUCACAGCAGGAUACCACCGACUGUGGGCACACACCUCUUACUCCGCGUCCCUUCCUCUGAAGAUCUUCCUCGCCGCUGUCGGCGGUGGUGCUGUUGAGGGUUCCGCACGAUGGUGGUCGCGAGACCACCGUGCUCACCACCGCUACACCGAUACCGACAAGGAUCCCUACAGCGUCCGCAAGGGACUCCUGUACUCCCACCUUGGAUGGAUGGUCAUGAAGCAGAACCCCAAGCGCAUUGGUCGCACCGACAUUAGCGAUCUCAACGACGACCCAGUCGUCGUUUGGCAACRCAAGAACUACUUGAAGGUUGUCCUCUUCAUGGGCCUGAUAUUUCCCGCGCUUGUCGCAGGCUUCGGCUGGGGUGACUUCGUCGGCGGCAUCGUCUACGCUGGCAUUCUUCGCAUCUUCUUCGUCCAGCAGGCCACUUUCUGUGUCAACUCCCUGGCUCACUGGCUCGGAGACCAGCCAUUCGACGACCGCAACUCUCCUCGUGACCACGUCAUCACCGCUCUUGUCACUCUCGGAGAGGGAUACCACAACUUUCACCACGAAUUCCCAUCUGACUACCGCAACGCCAUUGAGUGGCACCAGUACGACCCAACCAAGUGGUUCAUCUGGACAAUGAAGCAAGUUGGCCUCGCACACGACCUCAAGCAAUUCCGCUCCAACGAGAUUGAGAAGGGUCGCAUCCAGCAACAGCAGAAGAAGAUUGACCAGAAGCGCGCCCAGCUCGACUGGGGUGUUCCUCUUGAGCAGCUUCCCGUCAUGGAGUGGGACGACUACGUUGACCAGACCAAGAACGGCCGUGCUCUCGUCGCUGUCGCCGGUGUUGUCCACGACGUCAGCGAUUUCAUCAACGACCACCCCGGUGGCAAGGCCAUGAUCAAGAGUGGCCUCGGAAAGGACGCCACUGCCAUGUUCAACGGCGGUGUCUACUACCACAGCAACGCCGCACACAACCUUCUUUCCACGAUGAGAGUUGGCGUUAUCCGUGGCGGUAUGGAGGUUGAGAUCUGGAAGCGAUCGCAGAAGGAUGGUUCCGGCAGCCAGAUCUACAAGGACGCUGAGGGUAACCGCAUCGUCCGCGCAGGUGCUCAGGUGACCAAGGUCAUGGAGCCUACCGCCAGCGCCGGUGCGGCAUAA